CAGGGUCUGCCCCACCAACCCCGCGUAUCGGCGUCAAAGAGGAGCGUUUUAAACUUCCGCAAGAAUUUUCCCCCCGUUGUGAGCGGAUCGCGAAAUUGGGACUGCUUCCUUGCCGUUUUGGGCCUUCUUCGAACAUGACGACCAUUAUUCUGGGCUCCCAAUGGGGGGACGAGGGCAAGGGAAAGCUCAGCGAUAUCCUCUGCCAAAAAGCUCGCGUCUGCGCCCGCGCUGCUGGUGGCCAUAAUGCCGGCCACUCUGUUAUUGCCAAUGGCGUGUCCUAUGACUUCCACCUCUUACCCUCUGGUCUCGUUAACCCGCAAUGCACCAACCUGAUUGGCUCGGGCGUCGUCUUCAACGUCGAGGCCUUCUUCAAGGAGCUCGCCGCCCUCGAGGCCAAAGGACUAUCGCACGUGCGCAAGAACAUCCUCGUCAGCGACCGCGCCCAGGUCAACCUCGAACUGCAUGCCCGCGUCGAUGGCCUAGAGGAGAAGGAGCUCGCGGGCAACAAGAUUGGUACCACCGGCCGCGGCAUUGGCCCCUCGUAUGCCAACAAGGCAGCUCGUAACGGGAUCCGGGUGCACGAGAUUUUUGACCAGGAAACCUUCGAGAGGAAGCUACGCAGGCUGGCGGAGGGGUACAAGAAGCGGUUCGGUGAUCUGCUCGAGUACGAUGUUGAGGAGGAGAUUGCGCGCUUCCGCGAGUAUCGCGGGAUGCUGGGCGAGUACGUCGUGGACGCCGUCAACUACAUGCACGCGGCGCAGGCGAAGGGGGUCGACAUCCUGAUCGAAGGUGCCAACGCGCUUAUGCUGGAUAUCGACUACGGCACAUAUCCGUUCGUUACCAGCAGCAACACCGGCUUGGGUGGCAUCAUUACCGGACUCGCCGUCAACCCCAGGGGAAUCAAGGAGAUUAUCGGUGUUGCAAAGGCGUACACGACAAGAGUUGGAGAAGGCAUCUUCAAGUCAGAAGACCUUGGCGAGGCAGGCAAGAAGCUGCAAGAAAUUGGCCGCGAAUGGGGAGUCUCGACCGGCAGGAAGCGGAGAUGCGGCUGGCUCGACCUCGUCGUGCUGAAGUACUCGGCCUCGGUCAACUACUACACGUCAUGGAACCUGACAAAACUCGACGUCCUUGACACCUUCCCAACGAUCAAGGUCGCAGUGGCCUACAAAGACCCCGAUACCGGAGAAGAGCUCGAUUACUUCCCGGCUGACCUUGGCUACCUCGAGAGAUGCGAGGUCGUGUAUAAGGAGUUUGAGGGUUGGCAGACCAAGACGACGUCAGUGAGAAAAUUUGAGGACUUGCCGCGACAAGCGCAAUCAUACGUCAAUUUUAUCGAGGAGUACACUGGCAUUCCGGUGAAGUGGAUUGGAACAGGACCGGCGCGCGACGACAUGAUCUACCGGUAAGCAGGCGAUUUACUUGUCGAGAUCAAGACGACAUGCAUCUCGGACAUGGUCGCUUAACCAAUGGCCUUUAAUAUUCGACUUC